GUGUCGUGUGAUAAUUUUUUUGUUAUUUUUUUUUUUGUUAUUUACUAAAUUUUAAUAAGCUGUGGAAUUAAAAAUCAAAUUAUUUAUUCAAUACAAUGGACCGGCAUCCUGUCUGCAAUUUCGAUGCGACGUCACACUCACACCAGUUUCAAUCCUGAAAUUGAUGAAAAGACUAUUUUAUUAGAGAGCUACAUUUAAUGACAAUGGAUAUAAUAGCACGAGCAUCAACAAUAGAAAUAAUAGAACCAGCUAAAAGUCCUCGACCCCCAUCCUAUAAUUCACGAAUCCUCGAUGUCAACGAUGAGUGACAGCGGGCUAGUGGACACAGCUCCUGCUCGUCUUGGCAGCAUGACAGCUAUUAAUUCCGGUCCAGUCGGUGAAGUAGGAGGUGUAAGAUUACCUCUGCAGUCAUUGCAUGGAUACGGAUCAGUGUUUAUGUACUCGGCGUCAACGAGUCCCGGUAGUGCUGGUGGCCAGGGUAGCGGAGGCGGAGGUGAAGUCACCCUCCGCCUCCGCGAACCAGAAGACAUACCAGAGGAAGUUCUUGCUCGACUUGAAGAUACCGCCACCCUCUCAAUAUCACUUCAAGGCGACGCUGUACUCAGACUUGGUUCAGCUGCUACCGGAAACAGCAAUUUGGAACUAUUUGACAGCGAGAGUGGACCGGACUUGACGCUAUCACCUCAGACAUUCACGUCAACGGCGGAAGCCUUUAUCAACGACAAUAGUGACAGCCUGGGGGUUCCUGGUGACAACGACAUGGGGAGCAGCGAAGAAUCAAGAACAGGUGCAAGUGACCCCGGAAAACUUGGAGUAAAGAAACCAAGACCGAAGCCUUCAUCUCCAAACCGCCAGGGACCUCAACAGUGUCAGGUGUGCGGUAAAGUGUUCAACAACGCCUCGGCUUUGACGAAACACAAGCUGACGCACAGCGACGAGCGGAAGUACGUCUGUACGAUGUGCGGCAAAGCAUUCAAGCGGCAGGACCACUUGAAUGGCCACAUGCUGACACACAGGAACAAAAAGCCGUUUGAGUGCAAAGCAGAAGGAUGCGGCAAGUCGUACUGCGAUGCACGGAGUUUGCGUCGUCAUACUGAAAAUCAUCAUGCUGGGAGUAAGGUUAAUGAAAGCGUGAGUCCAAGCAGUCCAACAACAGGACCACAUACUCCAAACACCCCAGGCAGCAAUCCAAGCACACCAAGUACACCCGGGGCGCCAACAACCCAAAAUGGUCAUGGGCAUACGGCACUAAAGCAACUUCUCGCUAGUGAACCCGCUGGACAAACUCAGCUCCAAAAGAACUCAUCGUCGAGCAAUGACGGGUUAACGAAGCAACAGAUCGAACUGAUUCAGCAAAUAAUGCAGCAAACUCAACAGCAACAGCAACCGUCAAAUUCACAACAGCCGAUGAGUAGUUCACCAUCAGCGGUUGUAACGCAAACUUCGAAAACCGGAAAACCAACAGCAAAGUCUGUAACAUCAAAUGGUAUUAGCGGUUCAGUAGUCAGUGGAACCGUUGGUAGCAAUAGUACAAGUUCUAGUCCUAAACCAAAAGUCUGGAGUCAAACCCAGCAACAAACGCAGCAAUCAGCCCAAGUAUCCCAUAGUCAACAAUCCCAGCAAGCAAAUUCACCAGGAAAUUCUGGAAAUGCAGGUAAAGCUAGUCCAUCACCAGCAAAUUCUUCAUCACCUGGAAGUACACCUAGCAACAAACCACAAACGGAAUCAAAACUCGUCGAAUGUAGCCUCUGUCGACGUCAAUUUAAAAAUAUUCCAGCCCUCAACGGUCACAUGAGGCUGCACGGUGGUUACUUUAAAAAGGAUGGGGAAAAUAAGAAAAAUGAAAAAAAAGAAACUCCAGGACCUCCACUUCAAACGGCUUCCGUCAAUGUCCGUGCGCUCAUCGAGGAAAAAAUAAUUCAGAAGAGAAGUACAGCAACUGAAGCCAAUGCAGGGCUAUCACGAACGAAUUCAGUGUUCAGUAGUUCUGUAGAUGUAUCGAAUCACAUGAUUGGUAAAACAAAUUUUGCCGUUCCCGCUCCACCGCCUUUGGUGACUGGUGAGAAAAUAAGGCGACUUUCUGAUAGUGAACAUUUUCGUCAACCGAACAUUACUGUUGGGCAUACGACUGUUCAGAAACAACUUCAGGAAGCCCAGACUCAAGCACAAGCUCAAGCGCUUGCUGACAUGAUUCUUAAGAGUACAACUAAGAUGACAGUAAAAAGAGCAACUUCUGAUCCCGGUCAACGGGUUCAACUUACUUAUCAAUCUAGUUUACAAACGAUAGCCAAUCAGCAGUCGCAACAGUCGAGUCAAGCUCAAACACAACCGCAGCCCCAGCCGGGAGUUACUGAAGGCUUUACAAUAACUAAUUAUUCUGAAGACGGAGGUUAUUUUAGUCCGAGUUUGCAAGAUGAAGUCUUUCAACAAGUAACCGCUGUUCCGGACUCGGUGCUUUUGCAAGCAAGUCAGUUGGAUUCUAUCCAGUUUCAAACAGCGAGUCUUCUUCAAGAACAAUCAUCUGAUCAGCUACAGGACAUAACAUUAGAAGAUCGUUUUACAAGCCAGCAUACAGUUAAUCCCGAUCUUCAAGCCCUAGUGAACUCACCACUUCCGGAUUCACUUGCGGAAUUUAGCACCUACGGGGCUCAGUACACUGAGAGCCCUCAUACUUUGCCAACUCAGUCACCUUUGCCCUCGCCGCUCACUCGACACGACAGUCCAAGUUUUACUUAUCCCACUCCACCGUCAAGUCAAGAGGGACUUUUGUCUGGAACUCUACCACUUCUCAGUCCUGAAGAUGACCCGGAAGCAGUAAGACCAGUGUCAUCUCCUCUUUCAGCAGCAUUUUAUACAACAACUUUGUCAUCAGCGGCCGCUGUUGAAGAAGCACUUAAUGCAGUACUUCCUGAAGAAAAUGAAACGGAUACAGGUGGCGCCAGUGGCGGUAGCGACCUUUAUAGUUCUAGUUCACCGAAUCCAAAUUCACCCCUACCAAGUCCAUUGUCAGCAACUCCAGCACCGUCACCACUGUCUUCACUACCUCCUUCUUCAGUAUCAUCACCUGGACCUGUAACCUUUUCUUCAUCAGGUUUUCCGGUCUCUCCCCAUGCUCUCCAAAAUCAAAUGAUGCCAAACUCUGAGGAUCCACUUCUGUCAUCAAGUCCGAAAGAUUUUGGUGCGACUCGUAGAAAACAAUUUGAAUUUCAAUCUUAUAAAUUGAUAACAAAUCAAAAUCUCGUUGACUUUGGACUUGGCAACGGAAGUCUUGCUGGUAUUGUUGUUGAUAAUAAUGGCGAGUAUAAAUUAAUUCAAACUGCUGGUCUUCAGAAGACAAAUGUCCUUGUUCAAGCCAGCGCUACGGCACUCAGCCCAGCUGCACUGACACUUAGAAAAGAAAUACGUUUAACAACGCCCAAGAUUGAACCAGGAAUAAAUGUGUCAACCGGAACGACCACAACAACAGCAUCAGCCCAACAACAGUACCAUCAAUCUAACAACCACGUCCACCACCACCACCAUCAUCAUCAUCACCAUCAGCAGCAGCAGCAACAGCAGCAGGCCAUCAACCCAGCAAAGUUUUUAAUACAAGCAACCAGUAUUAAUCACCCAUCAAACAAGAACACGAUAAAACUACACAAAGUUGGUAUUGCUGGUUCCCCAGUAGCUGCACCGGCAGUUAAUUCUCUGCCGAUUCCAAUUGAACAGAUAAAGGAGGAGUUUUUGGACGAUGAUAUAUUUCUUAGUCCUGGCAACGUUCCAGCAAACAGUCCGUUGAGGCAAAGCAGAAAAAGACCGAGAAUAGAUAGCUCAUGUUAUCCACAAAAUUCAUACCCGUCUCGAUUGAGACGUGCCUGCGAUCGGCACUGGGAUAGCAGUUACACUCCCCCGCCGAUACUUAACCCCUCGCGUCUUGGUCCAGGUUUGUACGCGAGGCUACAUCAAUACGAGAGAGAUUCUGAGCUUAGUUCCGAUGAAUCUCAGAGUAAUGACUGUCCUCCGCCGAGGAUAAACAUCGGGACGAGAUACCAGGCCGCGAUACCGGCAAUCAGUUGUGAGGAGAGAGGUCGUGGUGGUCGAGAAACUGAUCAUCUUCUGUGGGAUCCUGGCAUAAUUAAUGGCCUGACGGACAAUGAAUUGGAAAUGUAUCUGCAGUUUGCUUGUUGUGCUAGUGUACCUGGUGGUGGUAGAAACAAAGAAUACGCACUCCAUCUUUUGCACAUGUGUAAAGGAAAUAUUCAUGAGGCGAUGAUAAAACUUAUGAGACCAACACCGCCAUUGCCAGCCCAACAUCCUCUACUGAGCUACGAGUGCCGUGAAUCUGACCGGUGGACGUCCCAGGAAAUGGAAGCAUUCUAUCAAGGAUUGCUCGAGUACCACAAAGACUUUUCCGGCAUUGCACGUGAUAUAUGUACAAAGUCAGCCAAGCAGUGCACACAAUUUUACUACCUUUGGAAAAAAUUAUGUCCGGAUGAGUAUAGAAGAGUACGGGCACGACACGGCAGACCAAAGAUUAAAAUCGAAACUAAGAUAUGUAAAGACACUAAAGACACCAAAGAGCUCAGGGAUGCUAUCGCCUCUGUCCAUUCAAUGGACUUUAGUGAAGAAAAAUCUAUACUUCAUCGGACACUCUUGCAGACAAACGAAAGAGAAUCAUCCGCUACUUUAACAACCAGCGAAGGGCAACUGAGGCUAUUCGCUGCCUAUGACUGUUCUGAUAGCUUUAGCGGAAGUGUAACAGUAACGAUGGCCGGAAGCACCCAUACCGGCAUAUCCGGCAAUACCGGGCACGCCACAGUCAACACCAACUCACAAACUCACAUUAGUUCUGAGCAACAACUACCCGUGUCCACCCCACUUCAUUACCCCUGCAAGAUUUGCGGGAAAAUUUUCAACAAAGUGAAAAGCAGAAGUGCUCACAUGAAAUCACAUCGGCCAAUACCCUUACUCGAUUCAACGGAAUCUAAAAAACCUCAAGCUCAACAACAAACGUCUAAACAAUCUCAGUACCAAAAAUUAUCAUCAAACAGUGACUUGAAAAAUCCAAAUGCAAAUCAUUUGUGGCACAAUCCUACAAGAUUAAGACCGCCAUAGGAUUUAAAAAUGCACCAAGUUUUGGUUCCCUAACGAAGGUUACAAUUAUUUAUAAAUAUAUAUAAAUACAGAGACAAUGGGUACGUUAUCAGUUUGUGGUCAUAAGACGAAAAUAAUAUUAGAAAAAAAAAAAAGUCGCUGUUAUCGUUCUUGUCAUUGUUAUUAUUAUGAUUAUAAAACAAUUUCACUGAAGAAUAAAAUGAAGAGUGAUGUAAUGAUAAUAUUAGACAUUCCUCAACAAGAUCAAUCAAUCAAUCAAGAAUAAAUUGGCCUAACAUCAUACAAUAUUAUCAUCGAUCUUCGAGUGCAACGUUGUUGCCUUCAACGGUCUAAUAAAAUAACAAUAAUAAUAAUAAAGAAAAAAAAAAUUUAUAAAUUGAAAAAAUGCUGCGAUGUACAAUGUGUUUGAAAACAUGAGAUA